GCAGGGCUGAGGGGAAACUCCAGCUUUUUUUUCAGUCUUUGGUUUUAUGUGCGACGAGGUUUGAUUAGAAUUACAGUUCAUCAGUACAUCUUAUCAGGCUGUUUUCCGAGAUACCGCUGAUGAUAUUCUUCGUUAUAAUAACGUGUUGCAUUGGCAUUGCUGGUGCUGCUGCUUUUGCAACACGUUCCGCUUUUGAAGACGACAAAGAUGAAGAGAUUGAGUCGCUGAAAGUGUGUGAAGGACAAAAUCUCAGCUUGUCUAUUCAGAUCGAGAGCACAGAGGAGGAUCCACAGGUUUUUGUGACUCUCUUCAGUAACUCCUCAUCACCAGAGUCAAUGGUAGCUCAGCUAAACUGCAUUAAAGGAGAGUGUUCACGCCAAUGCUGGAGAUCUGAAGAUUCGCUGAUGUUUGAUGGACAGAACAUGACGCUGAUCUUGAUGAACGUCACAUACAGUCGAGCUGGAGUUUAUAAAGUCAGCAAGCUCAGCAGCACACAGGGGGAAAACAAGAUGUACAAUCUCACCGUGGUCAGGAAAUCUUACACUGAGCCUCCUCUCAGCAGUUUGAGCCCACCGCGAUCGACCUCUGCCCUGUACAACAUAUCAAUCGUUGCAGGAUGCACAGUGGUGGGCAUCCUGCUGCUCUUCAUUGCUACUAAGAUCAGAGUCUUUUGUAAGAAAUCAUAGAACAAAACGGUCAUUUUUAACCCAGUGGGCCAGUAUGACGACCAACAGGUGUAGUGUUGUGCGUGUUCGAAUGUCCGGAAAUUAUUUCAGAUUUCCAUCUCAACUAUUGCUGGGGGACAAAAAGGAGGAAAAGUUUACAAAAGGUCAUCUGAUAAGUUUAAUUCACCGAAAAGCAAACACAGGACAAAUGGAGUAAUGUGAAUUAACCAAUGGAAUGUGAGAAAAAACAACCUAUACCACAUAUAUUCUUUAAAGAUACUAUUUUAUUACAUUUAUUUUCGGCAAUGAUGCCAUAGAAGAACCUGAUCGGUUCCCUGAGAAGACUGGAUCAUUUAAACUGGAUUGUUUGUAUAGGGAGUAGGGCAUAAGGGAUGUAUACUUCCAUUUGAGAUGCACCCUUCAUUUUUUAUGUGUGAUUCAACAGGUGCUCAUUUGAAUGAUAAUUAUGCAUUCUUGAACACAAGAUCGCAGACCUGCCAUUUGAUCCUUUAUUAUUCUUUCAGCAUUAUUAUUAUUUUUUAUAUUAUUAUGGAUCCAAGGUGAACACAAAGUUUGUUCACUAGAGGGAGCCAAACGGUAAUGAAUUACACACAGUAUAAUCAGAAUCUCCUGUUUUUAGAAUGAAUGUUUAUUUAAAUUAUUUAUUAUUAUUUAUUUAAAUACUUAUUUUUGUUCCUUAAUGAUCAUUUAAAAGCAUAUUUUCCUGAAGCGUUAAAUUACUUCAUAGAGAAAAUAUUUUUAAUGAAUAACAGACCUUCACAAUAACGUAAUUUGCAAAAUUUGCAUUUUUUGUAUGUUUAAUGGUAAGGAAAAUGCCUAAGUUACUGUGAAUUUCUCACUAAAUGCUUUAUUUUGCAUUGUGAUUAUUAUGAAUAUAUAUAUUAUUUUUACUAAUAUAUGGUACGUUUAAUAAAAAAACACUUUUAAUAAUAUUUAUUUAUAUUUAAGUAUUCCUAGAGACAUAACACAUAACAUAUGUUAGAGACAUAUAACAGUUCAUAAGCAUAAGUCAGUCACUAUUGAAGAUUUUGCAUAUCAAUAAUAAGCUGAUUUAGACCGAUAUUUCCUCCCUUUUUGGCAGCAUGUAUUUCAUAAAACUUUUUCAUCAACCCUUAACUUUUCAGUGGAGAUUGUAUUGAGUCUGAUACACAUUUGUUCUUUAUGUAUAAAUCAAAAAUCUACUUUUAUUAACUUUUUAUUUUGUGCAAUUUUGCUAAAUGAACCAAACAUCCUGUUGUUUUGCAUUUGAGGUGUUGAAUGUAUGUAAUGCAUAUAUAUUUAUGAAUACUGUGACCUAAUAAAGAUAUUCACUGUGUUUUUUACAUAUGCAUUUACAAAUGUAUUCUCAAAACACAUGAAUAAAGAUCAAAUAAAACAUCA